AUGAAUGGGAUUACUCCUCCUAUCAUAAAUUUUGCUAAUGCCGGGGAUAACUGCACUACAUUCCCCGACAACUCCAAUCUCCUUAACUGUACCCAGAUCUCGAAUGAUAUCAAAACCUGUCAAAAGACCUAUGGCAAGACCAUUCUUUUAUCACUUGGAGGCGCUACGUAUACACAGGGCGGAUGGUCUUCUACUGCUGAUGCUCAAAACGCGGCACAGAGUGUGUGGAAUAUGUUCGGCCCUUUGACUGGGGUCCAAAUUGACCGUCCAUUUGGAGAUGCUGUCGUCGACGGCUUUGAUUUUGACUUUGAAUCGACCGUUAACAAUCUUCCAGCAUUCGGUGCUAGGCUUCGAAGCUUGAUGGAUGCUGCUGUUGAUAAGAAAUACUAUCUGUCUGCUGCACCCCAGUGUGUAUUCCCCGAUGCUGCGGAUGGCACAACACUUGACAGCGUGGCCUUCGAUCUUGUCCUCGUCCAGUUUUACAAUAACUGGUGCGAAACAUCAAAUUUUCAAACGGGAUCUUCGACACAAACGGCUUUCAACUUUGACGUAUGGGAUAAGUGGGCCAAGAGCAGUCCCAACCCCCUUGUGAAAGUUUUCUUAGGCAUUCCGGCCAACACUGGCGCCGCUGGCGCCGGCUAUACAAGUGGGGCGCAGCUCAAGGCAGCUAUUGCUUAUUCAAAGCAGUAUAGUAGCUUUGGAGGAAUCAUGAUGUGGGAUAUGUCGCAGCUGUACGCAAACAGCGGCUUCAUUGAGCAGGUUGUUAGUGAUCUCAAUGUCUCCGGUCCUCCCACUAUUACAACAACUAUGGCUACUGCUACAGCUCCAACAACUUCGAGCUCUGGCCCUAGUUCCAGUGAAGGAACUCUUGUUCCUCAAUGGGGCCAAUGUGGCGGACAGGGAUAUACUGGCUCGACUCAGUGCCAGCCUCCGUACAAGUGCGUCUCUGGUGGUCAGUGGUGGUCCUCCUGUCAGUAG